AAUAAUCACAGCUGCAGCAGCAGAAGAAGAAGAGCGAGCGCUAGCUAACGUUAGCUGAAAUUUACCCAAUGUCUGGAUAGCUUCUGUGCAGGUGUCGAAGAAAAUCAUAUGCUGGGAAAGAGAGGAGAGGUCACAUACAACAGUUCCCGAGAAAGACUGUCCCCUCUUUGGACACCAUGGAGAAACAGUUGCAUUUAAACCUGUUAUCCUCCAGACCUCCCAUGGCUGGUGGUUAUCAAUCCGGUGGCUCCAAAAUGAAAAUGGGACCUGGACGGAAGAGAGAUUUCUCCCCGCUGCCCUGGAGUCAAUACUUUGAGACGAUGGAAGAUGUUGAGGUGGAAAAUGAAAAUGGAAAAGAUAUUUUCAGAAUUUACUGCAGUGGUUCCCAUGGUCCUGUGCUGCUCCUGCUCCAUGGAGGAGGUCACUCUGCUCUCUCAUGGGCAGUGUUCACUGGCGUUAUAUACAGCAGGAUCAACUGCAGGGUGGUGGCUAUGGACCUUCGAUCUCACGGCGACACCAAAGUGAAAAAUCCUGAUGAUCUUUCUGCAGACACGAUGGCCAAGGAUAUUGGCAAAGUGGUGGAGGUGCUCUAUGGAGAGAAUCCUCCUCCAAUCAUGAUUAUUGGACACAGCAUGGGUGGGGCCAUUGCAGUUCACACAGCCACUGCCAAUCAUGUACCAUCCCUGCUUGGCCUCUGUGUCAUUGAUGUUGUAGAAGGUACAGCAAUGGAUGCUUUGAACAGUAUGCAGAAUUUCCUCAGAAGUCGCCCAAAGACGUUUAAAUCUCUGGAAAACGCCAUUGAGUGGAGUGUGAAGAGCGGCCAGAUCCGAAACGUAGAGUCGGCACGAGUGUCAAUGGGAGGCCAGGUGAAGAAAUGUGAGGAAUCCACAAGCAGUCCAGGUGUGCCUCAUAGCAUUGGUGAAGGUAUAAUAGAAGAGGAUGAAGAAGUGGAAGAAGAAUCCAACAAGAAAAGGAUGAAGGAAGACGAUCAAGAGGUAAAAAAGGAAAGCAUCUUCACCUGGCGAGUGGACCUGUCAAAGACAGAAAAAUACUGGGAGGGCUGGUUCAGAGGCCUGUCUGCCCUUUUUCUCACCUGCUCUGUGCCAAAACUGCUUCUGCUCGCAGGAGUGGACAGGCUUGACAAAGAUCUUACUAUUGGACAGAUGCAAGGGAAAUUUCAGAUGCAGGUUCUCCCUCAGUGUGGUCAUGCUGUCCAUGAGGACGCACCUGAAAAGGUAGCAGAUGCUUUAGCAACAUUUAUGGUCCGGCACAAAUUCACUGAGUUUAAGGAAGGAUUCCUGUGCUAAUUUCCAGUUUUCAGAUAGCAGCCAUAGAACAAAUGUUUCAAGAUUCAUCCACAUCCUCGUACAAUUUAACAGCAAAUUAAAGAAAAUAUAACACAUUAUUAUUAUUAUUAUUAUGAUGCUUUUGUUAUGUAGAUACUUUGCCUUCCAGUUUUGCCUUAUUUUUAUUUAAGCACUUGCAUUUGAUCGUAUUUUUCCUUUUACUUUCUUUUUUUUUUUUUUUUUUUUUUUUUUUUGUAAUUUUUGAAAUGUAAAGCUCUCUUGGUUUAAUGUUUUAAUUUGAGUGAUUGCGUCAUUGUUAAUAUGUGUUUGUAAUGUUUGAAUUCAAAUGGUGAUUAAAGAUGGAUGCUGUAAAAAGAAAUGUCACCCAUGCUUGUAUAUGUGUAUUAAAAGGACAUCAUGAUCAUUUGAAA